AUGAAAGACAACGCGCCUUUUUAUAAUAAGGGUCGAGGAAGGAGUAUUAUGGCGUCAGACUUUUUAGUAAUGCACAAAAGCGGUCCAUUUUUUUCACUCACAAACAAGGAAUUUCAGCUGGCUCUCAAAAAAUAUCCUGAACUGAACGAUUCUUUUGAUGUCAAAUACGAACAAAAUACUGUUUCAGGAACAAUCAAUGUCGGAGGUGACAAUUAUUUUGAUAAUGACAGUAUUUUAAAACAGUUUCGACGUCUUUUCCAAAUGUUGCCAUUCAAGGAAGAAUACAAAUAUCACGGAUUCGUUUGUCUAGUAGACAACGCCCGUACUCACACGGCCGCUGAAUUCAGCGUAAAUGAUUUUGGCUUAAAGGCCGGUACCAGAUGCCCAGUAGAGACAAUUCAGUUUUUUGACGACAAAAAUCAAAAACAUACACUUCAGUGUUACGAUGAUGACGGUGUUAGUAAAGGGCUACUGCAGUUAGCACACGAUUUAAAUAUUUUUACUCCAAACAAAGUCAAACUUCCAGAAUUGAAAGCUCUGCUUGCUGAACAUCCAGCAUUCAAAAAUGUCAGCAAACUUGAAAAAUUAGCAACAGAGUAUGCGGUCAAAAUUAUUUUUGGGCCGAAAUAUCAUUGCGAGACAAAUCCAAUUGAAGACUAUUGGUGUCAUUCAAAACAGUUUAUUAGAAAACACACAGAUCAAUCUUUCACAAGAUUAAAUGAAUUACUGCCUCUUUCAAAAGAUCAUUUUAUAGAAAAACAAAUACAUCUCAAAUUAUUCCGACGGAUAGAACUAUUUUUUUAUGAAUUUUUCAAACUCAUCAAUAAUUUGGCCGAUUCGUCACGUACACAAUAUCAAGCAAUUGGUCAACUUUAUGUAGUUGGUCCAUUGAGCUAUGAAGCAAGACAAAGUUACACACUCGUUCUUUUUGCAUUCGAUACAUUAAAUUUGGCAACAAUCACAGUGAUUAUCAAUCUAUUACUACAAAAUAUCAGAGCACCCUCUACAAUUCGGUUUGAAAAUGGUCAUUGGUAUCAUACAUCAUGUGAUAAAGACCGAAAAGGAAGUGGUAUUGAACGUUACAUCGAUGACCAAGGUCAACAACAAAUUGUUUUGACAUGUGAUAAAGUGAAAGCACGACGUUGGUACAAACGAGCUUAG